AUGAUGGUCGCUGACCUCCUUCUCUCCGAUUCCGGCUUCGUCAACCUCUUCUUCCGAGACUACUAUAUGUCCAAAUUCUUUCGGAAAUCGUUCGAGGUUUUGCGGCCCGAUUUGCUUCUGGUGUUGGGGGACGUUUCUGCGCGAGGCGCAGAGCUAACGAGGAGCAAGUGGGUGUCGGUGCUGCGGCGGUUUUACAGAGUGUUGGGCCCUUUUGUUGGACUUCCGUUCCAUGCAGUUCUCGGCGACAGGGACGUUGGAGAGUGUGGGGACAUUGAUGUUGACAGGGUUAGUUGGAUUGCGAGCAAGUUGCCAGGGUUGGAUUCCUCUGGCUGCGCUGCGUUUGAGAUUGGGAACGUGAGUUUUGUCACGCUGAAUGCGGUGGCUCUGCUUUGCGGGGGGAGUGGUGGGUUGCGUUUUGAGGUUGAGAAGGUGAUCGAGAGGGAGAGUCUGGAGGUUCGCGUGGGAACGGAAGGGGUGGUGAAGAGAGUGAAUGGUUUUGGGGGGUUUGGAGACGCGGAUGUGCUGUCUGGGUCAGGGCCUGUCGUUCUGCUGCACUUGCCGUUGGAUCGAACGAGGAAUGAACUCUGUGGUGGGGUUGGUGAUUGUGAGAGAUCUUGGACUUCUUCCGGGGAGCGGUUAAAUUUGGUGCCAGCAAGCAGGUUAGUGCCACUACUAGUUGCUUGUAGUGUGUUUGGUGAUGAUUUGCUCAGAUGUGGAUCACUGAUGGACAGAACUCGUGAGAUUAGUGUUCCAGCAAUGUCAUGGAACGCAAGAGAUGACCCUGGAUUUGUGAUUGCCUCUUUCCAAAAGGCAGGAAGAGCAGACCCAGAUCGAUUCUCCUCGCUUCCACCUUCUUUCAAUUCAACUCAGCUCUGUCCCUUCGCCUCGCUGAAAAAUUCUUCCUUAACCAUGGGCGCAUCAUAG